UACAAUGCCUAGGGUUCCUCGUAUUUCGACGUUUGAUCUACAACCCUCUGUAAAUCCCUUCGAGUCCCUAGAUCCCGUCUAUCGCACCAGCAUAGAACGCACCUGAGGCCCCCCCUCACCAUCAACAGCUGAGGCAUGGCUGUGAAUACCGAAGAUUUCUCCUCAAGGAUGAGGUGAGGUGCUUUUCUCUGUUGUGAGCGCCAAAGUGCAUGGGGUCGCCGACGACAGGGAAGUCCGGGGCGUUGAGAAAAGCCCGAGAAAAAUCAGUGUGUAACAUAAUUAUUACCUAGGUAGUUAGUGGUGUCCAUCUGGCGCAAUUAGCUGCAGCGAUGGCGAUGCCAACUGCGGUAGACAGAGCGGGAUUGAGCCUUAAGGGCCUGCACAUAGAGUAAACACACUGGCAGGAUACGAAUGGAUACUGCGUGUGGUACAUACAAGUACCUGAGGGUGACUUUGAAAAUCUGAUGCUCGGAUUGUGUAUGAUGAUCCUCAGCCAGGCUGAAUUGGUGUUGACAGUAAUGCAACAGUACGGUAGGAUUGGCUUAGAGAUUGGAAUUACAUACAAACACCUCCUUGAUGCUUCAUUACUUGACACUAUUAAUAUAAGGGAGCGGAGAAGCAGGAUGGAUCAGCGAGAGCCAACCGUCAACCCCACGGUCUCCCUGUCACUCACAGUGCUUGGCCGUUUCGAAGUUUCAGCGUUUCCUUCUGGGCGUUCCCGCGAACGUUUGCCGCACAUUUACCAGUAACACCAGUUAACAGAUUGGAGAUGGUGGGUUUCUGGUCUAAGAUUAUCAGUUACGUACAACUUGAUCGCUCAAUUUCCCCAUAUCCAGUCUAAUCUUUUCGCUGUUGUUUUGUCCCCGACUGCAAACUGUGAUCUGCAUGGAGCAAGGUUUUUGGACUCCCGGGAAUCAGCCACAUCCCGAAACAGUCGUGUUCCUGGUGGUUGGUGUUGGAUUGAUCUUGUGGCUGCCUUUCUGCCGUCGACGACGCCCAAACUGGUUACAUUUAUCGGCAUCGGCACCUCGUCGAAUCACGAAAAGUCCUCUCUUCUAUCCACCACCGUCGUGUGUAAGCUUCACCCGUCGUCAUUCCCAUUGGAGGGUCGAAACAAAACUCGUCAUCACAGUCAGAAAAUGAGAAACUCCAAUAAGUCUCGCCCUGCUUCAAACUCCUGCAUUGGCCCCCCUAGACCCCCUAUUCCCUCGCAUCGGAAUAUCUUGUUCCCAUUUGGCCCGUCUGUGGCUGGUUCUCGCCCUCGUAAGAUCUGCAAAAACCAACUCACAAAAAUAACAACGCCCAGCCGGGUUGGCCGCUCGCAACAGAAUGGACCGUCUGUGCAGAGGUUGCAGCAGGAAUCCAAUAAACUGGGGGAAUCUACCCGGCUACGAUGCUUCGCUUCUCGUAUUUCAGACCGACUCGACAGCACAUGAUGGGUAAAUAUCGUAUACUCAAGACAGAUCCCCGACAGCAAAGUCUUGGACGAUUUUAGACUUCGGUACCCGACUUGUACUCUGGUUCUCCAGAUUUCUCUCGGCCGACUGAUGUGUGAUGCCCAGCAGGCCAGUAGUCAGUUGCACGAGUCACCCACCAGUUGCGCCUUAGGGAAAAGUGGCCGUAAAACAGGGGGCUUACUGUCCAUGAGCCAUGAUCAUCGCCUCUAACUCAUGCUGCUCGGCCAGACAAAUAUCAGGGAUCUCGUUGACGAGUUACAACUUGCCUGUCAUCAAGUGCGUGCCACCCCGGAGACCGAGCUCAAUAAUUGACGCCGCAGUAAUAAAUUUAUGCCUGCAUGUGUACACAAAUGCCUGUCAGAAAGGCGCAUGGCGGUACGCCUCAUGUUGUGCUUCACAAUCCAGACCAUCAGGCUGGGAGUUGAUUAUGGCGAUAAUCUGGACUGUGAAAAAUUAAACCCCCAAUUGCCGCACACUACACCACAAGGGUGCAUCAGAUCUCCAGACCAGCUGCGUCAUACUUUAGACCCCUGGCUUGGAUGUUCCAUCGGUCGUUGUUGAGGGGCUUAGCGGUAGCCGAGAUUGGCUCUGCACAUCAGACAGAAAAGGGAGAGAACCCAAUUUUGCCCAGGAAACGACGAAGGAUCGUGAGAAGUUGUCGAGGUUCUAAUGGCUCGUUCAAAGUCUUGGCUCCGUCGUGGGAUCCAGUUCUCGGGUGCAUGCUGCUCGUCUGCUGCGUCUGCAUGGCUGUGCUGCUCCGCGUCUGGUACCUUUUUAUAGAACAUUCCGGAAAAUCGUCCCACCCUUGUAACCUAGCCGGGUGUCUGUUCGCCCCAAGGAAUACGCCAAAAACGGCCGUGUGGAUCUUUAUUCCUACUGGACGAGACUCAGCUCGGCGCCUUUGCUGUGUUGUUACAGCGCUGACCGAAUAUUUUAGGGACUUUGUCUGAGACGGACUGUCGGAUGAACUCUCGUAUGUACUUGUGUUCCAGGCCCACUGAAUCAUUCAUUGUAACGCUUCAGGUGUAGACAGAGAUACAGUUAUAGAGUUGCAGGAAAUAUGCAUAUUACCUAUAUCCGAAUCUUAUUCCUGAGGUGGGUUUGACCAAUGCUCCAUAGCAUCAACAGAA